AUGGGGGUUAUCAGCAAGGUCAAUGUCCUUCAUAAUCUGAGAAGUUACAACAAGCACCGCCUUAUGCUACUCUCAGGAGGCAGCUGUCACUGCCUCUGUAACAGUUGCCCUAUUUCCCUUCCCAGCCAAAGCUGGCUUCCUCAGGAGGGAAGUGUGUGGAGUAUCCUGUGUACAGACACCAGCUGCCAAACCUGCGAUGGCAUGGCUCUGGAGAUUCAGCAUUUGCUGGUGGGUGAGAGUGCCCUGAUCUCCCCCACUUCAUCAGGACCAUCGCACGACUCUUGUCUAGAUAUUUUGUCCAUGUCAAGAGUGUCUUUUGAGCAGAAUCUAGAGCAUUGUUCUGCUCACUCCAAAGAGCUUCCACUUCCAUCUCCAACACCCCCAGCAUCACAAUUCACAGAUCAGAAAUCCUUAACACAGCCAGCUGUCCAGUUAACCGAUACAAUCAACAUCCGUGAUGACUGGACUGAGCACCUCAAACUAAGGCAGGGAUUUCAAGUGCCAGAGGUGCCGUGGGGCCCAGACAUGAUGUCUUCUUCAAGCCUUCAGGAGCCUAGAAUUCUGAUGUACCAAGAGGAGUUGACACACAGCGACACCAACCUUGUCUACAGGAACAAGCAGCAGCCCUUGAUUUCCCAGGUGUCUCUGCUGACCCUGAACCAAGAAAUCACUACCUUGACACAUCCCAUAGCCUUGCUCAUGGCAGCUGCCCUCCCUGCCCAACUGCCGUUCCUCUGUCCUGGAGUCCUGAGAAUUCUUGAAGUUCAUGUGAAAAAAUGGAUGUAUUUCCAGAGGUGGGUCCCCAGACGUGUGGAGGAGUCCCUGAGGUAGCUUAUGCCAAACCCACCAUUCUUUUAUGGACCUGAACAUAACCAACCAGUUUCUUUCCUCCAGAAUACUUCUAAGUUUGCUGUUGAGAAUUUGGGGGCCAUUUCCUACCAGACAUGGGGUUCCUGUAACGGCCAGCCCACCCAGGCCUUCUGGGUCUUGGAAUUGCCCAUUAUGGACCCGGAACAAAGACACCACUACCUGCAAAUCCCAAACCAUGUGGCUUGGACAGCCUCUCCCUCUCCAGCCCUUAGAACACUUAGUGGCCUCUACCCAUUUCCUGGUCAACAGGUUUAUGACUCGGUGGGCCGUUUGCAACAGAAAUACAGCCAGCUAUUCUGUGGCCUCCCUUCUCUACACAGUGAGUCCCUAGUUGACACUGUCUUGGGCUCUCAAGGCUUCUCCACAAACGGGAGCAUGUCCAGGUACCCCUUGAAUGAUCCUUUUCUCUUUAAGGGACUCUCCUUCCUCCCGUUGCUGCCUACAACUCCAUCCCAGUCAGCCCCACCGUCUUCCCCAUCUUCCCCAAGUUGGGUUGCUCCAUCUGACCAGCGAGCUCAGGUCAGUGUCGCAUUUCUGACUCUGGCCCAGUGUGAAGCCUUGGAGUAGCACCUGCUGCAGAGGCAGCUCCAGCAUCAGUGGGGUUUGCCAGCUGUCUUCCAGGGACCUCAGCACACGCAGAGCUCUGUGCAGUGUCAGCCUUGUGACAAAGCCCAGUCUCCUGAGAGAGUGAAAACAUCCCGGCCAGGAAAACCCAUGUCGGUCGUCACCAGGGAACUACUUUUCUUCCCAGAGAAUGCCCAGAGGCUGCUGGAACUCCACCUCCAGAGCCAGUCAAUCCACCCUCGCUGGGGCCUGCCCCAGAAGCACCGGGAGUCCACCCAGUUGCUCCUGUCCCUCACCGACCAGCAGACUCUGUCCUGGGGCAGCACAGCCUGAGCCAAUGUGAGUGUUCCCCAGCCUACGGCCCCAGAGGCCAUUAGGGCUGGUGACCCAUUCUCACCCAUCAUAGACCCACACUUGUUUGACCAGGCCAAGGCAAUACUGCAGAGCCAUAUCAACUCCAAAAGUGGGCAGAUUCAUCAGGGCAAGGUCCCUGCCUGUGUAUACAGCUCCUGGGAGUGCAUAAUUCCUGGGAGCCUGGAAGUGACUCCCCUCACCUGCAUCCCAGAAAGCAAGCCCCUGGAGCUACAGGCAGCAGCUGGCCCUGACCUCCAGCAGGCAGUUAUGCCCUGGAUGCCAACAGCGCCUGAGCAGCAGCAGGCCUCACCAGGUGUUGUCAGUGCACAUCCUAAGCUGCCCCGAACCCUGUCCAAGAGAGCCAUUGAGAAACUGGAGAUGACUUUACGACACAAGUAUCUGGCCUUCUUGUCAGGGCUGCCUGCUCUUUAUUCUGUGACUCUCUCUGGGGCCAUGGCACCGGUAGUCACUACCCAGGCUGGAAUCACAGAGAUGGUGCCUGGACCUGACAAAUUCCCAACAGAGCCACUGACUCGGAGGAUCUCCUCUGAUGAGCAGCAUCUACGUCCCGGGUCCGGCUUUCAGGAUGCCAGUGAGACUUGUGCAGACAUUGCAGAUGAGUUCCUGCCUGAAGUGGAGGCAGAAGGAAUGACUGAGAUGGUGCCUCCAGACAGCCAACCAGAGCCAACUCGAAACUACUCACUAAAGAAACCCCUCUUAGCCAAACUAAAUUUCCACCUGAGAAAGAAGAUCCUAGAGGUACAACUGGGAAUUCCCAUAAAGGCAAGGGAGUCCAGGGAACAAAGGGCAAUGAUCUCAGAGAACAUAUGCAGCCAGGAGUCUCCUGGAAGUCUAAACAACCAAGGAAAAGCAUUGCUCCAGGAACUCCCCAUCCCAGCAGACAUUCCUCAUGACCCGGGUCCAGAAUGGCUCCACCUCAAAGAGCAGCUGCCCACUGAGUUAAAGGCAGUGAAGCAGAACCAGAAGCAGCCAAGUUCCAGAGCAGUAUCUCAAGGUUCUGCCCACUGGGCCUCCAAAGUCUCACAACCCGGUGGAGACACAGCAGAGGCCCGGGUGCUUUGUGUUCAGCUGGAAGGCAGCAUGAACAGCCCCAGCCUGCGGGAGCCCUGGAAUCCUGAGCCCCAAAGCUCUGGCAAGAGCAAGGACUCGGCCCAAGUCUCCAUGCCGGCAGAAACGAGAGAGGGCCCAGGGAAACCCAACUCAGCAGGGGACCACAGAGAAAGGGAUGCAGGGUUUGUGCUCUCUGCAAUAAGAGAAAAAGGGCACCUUGCUGAAGCCCAGACGCCAGAAGGGAUGCUUGUGAACAGAACACCCCACAGCCUCCGGCAGCAGGGACAAGGCUUUCACCUUGAUGCUCCCUGUCAACACAGUCAGCAUCACCCUCAGCUUGAGCUCCCAGAGCUACCUCCGGGAGUCCCUGGGGAGAAGGAAUCCAAGAAGAAUGGCCUGCCAGACAGUCAAACCAAGCUCAGUGUGACCCGCAAACCAGCAAGGAUUCCUGAGAAUGCCCGGCCUGUAGUGCCCCAGGUGUCACAGGGCCAGCCUCUCCUGGGCCAGCUCAUUCAGAGUAAGCCACUGCAGGGCCGAAAUUUGCAAGGUCGUGUUUUGCAGGGGCAGGUGAUGCCAGUCCAUACCCACAAGAGCCCCAGCCUCCCAGAAUCUGGCUUGAGAAGCAAGGUGAAAUCCUUUCUGAACCAUAUUAACCCCAAGACAAAAGGCCAAGGGCACAGGGAAUCCAAGUUCUUUACAGCUGAGAAAGUGGCCAACACUGGAAAAGAGAAUGUAGCAAAGAGCCUGGCUCCAGCCAAAAGUCCCACGGGGCGAACACAGACAGAGAAGGCAAGACAGAGAGGGCGAGCCCAGUCUCCCCCGACUGAGACAUGGGGCCUGGCCUUCGUGGGUGGCCCCCACCCCCCAGACAGCAAGCUCGGGCACCACUCCCAUCCACUCCACUCGGCCUCAGUCCUGGGCCACCCCCGCCACUGCCCUCAGCACUGUCCCCGAGUGGCUUGUGCCACCCAACAAAGGAAACCGCCCUAACUCUCAAGUCUCGCCUCAGAGGGAAACGCUGGUCUGCUUAAGACGACCCUGCUCAAGCGACGCUGUUGGCUCCCCAAUGUCCUCAGUCCUUGGAGAGGACCGUUACUGUCAUUUCAUUAUUGUGCGGGUGGGGCAGAGUGGCCCCCAAAAUACACUCUAUAUCUCUAAGCAGAGUUUCUGUCUGCUCCUUCCCUCCACUCUGGUGUGUUCAGGGAAGGCAUGGGAGAGGCUAAACCCAUCCUUCCUGUCUAGGGAAGCUUUAUCCCACAGUGCGGCUGGGGCAGCAUUCUGCACAACUCCUCCCCGUCCCACCCUGGAGAAGGAAGGCCCUUGUGGAAGGUGCACUGAAGGGGAAGGUCAAGCUUCGAUUCUGGCAUGACCUACCAUGGUGUCCUUGGGCCUAGAAGAGCACUGUGGACAUGAGCAAAUACUGACAGGAAUCCACAGGCAGAAUUCACUGAUGACUUCUGUAUACACCCCCAAUCUGGAGGGGACGUUUUUAGAGGAGUUCCACAGUACUCCAACCUUGAGGAGGUGCUUGUGUUUAUCAAAAGCACACAGCUAAUAAUAUGAUGGGAUAAAAAUCAGAACCAAAUGAUAGCAUCUCCCCUUUUCUGCUCCCUGUUGGUUACUGGUUGGGCCUUUCUGGAGCCCUCUGGGAGUCUGCUGUAGUUCUCUUGCCUAUUUCCAACCUCCACUGCCUAUCAGCUGCAUGGAGUGAGGGACUCCUGGAAUGAAGAUCACAGUAGGAUGUGGAGAGUGUCUUUUCCACCACUCCCAAGGGGCAGACUGGGAGAGAAGCAAGGAGGGGGAGCAUGAAGAUGGAGGUCUGAGUAGCUGGGACAGAAGCUGACACGUUCCUGAUCAGAGUGUGAUGAAGGAGCAAAGCCAAUUUGCUUUGUACUCAAAAGAGUCCAGAGCUAGGAAGCCAGUGAAGACCCAAGUACUUUUAGAGGAAGGAGUUGAGUAAUUGUGAGCUUCAGUGAGCUUGCCCAUAGUGCAAUAAAGAAUAGUGAUUUCAGUACUGAAGGUUUGGGAAGGCACACAAACAGAAGGAAUUUGCCAAACAUAUCUCAGCUUGUCAAGUACUGCCAGCACCUUGUACCCAGCCCUACUGCAUGUCUCAUUUUUAUACCACCUAUCUUUCUCUGGUUUCCUCCUUUCCACCAGUUUGCUCCCUGAAUAUUCAUAUAUAUGUUUUUUUAAUAUACUUCUUGUAUAUUACAUGCUGCUGAGCUCAGUCAGCUGUGCCUACUCCUAAGAUCUGCCUGGUGCCUUCGCCUCAGCAGAUGACUCCUGUCCUUUUCCCAACCAAAGAGUGCAUCAUAUAAACCUGCCUGAUCUAGCCCUUGGUUCCUGUCAGCCUUUCCAAUUUCUUCAUUACUGUGUCUCACUGCAUUUCAGAAAGUACCAGAAUCACUCACCUUGAUGGUCAAAAUUUUAAGGCUUUUGGAAAGUAUCCCAUUAAGCAGACACAGAAAGUGGCCAGGAAUCUAGAAUUUAAUACCACAUAUAAACCUCUAACAACCACAUAAGCUGCUCAGAACUGAAGAGGGACUGUGGCCGCUAUGCUGCUCCCUGGGGCUGCCCAGUAAUUGGCUAUUUCAGAGAAAUCAUUAAUGGAAAUAUACUGUGAAAACCUCUAAAGUGCUGGGGAUGAAAUGGUGAAACCCAAGAGGGAGACUGAGAGGCAAGCUGAGAUCUGUGUGCAGCUGCAAAGAAAUGUAAGCCCCUCCAAACUGUAUCUUGUUUUACAUUUAGACUAAAUGAAGUUCCUCCUACAGACCUGUCAUAGGAGGCCUUUUGAGUAGCUUACCAUAAUAAGACACUCUUAUGUAUCUUACUGAGAUACUCUGCUUCCUGUGCAGUCAGCCUGCAAUCCCUUUCUCACCCCAGCACCAUCACCAGAUGGGUAAUCACCACCACCAGCAGCCUCUGUAGCCCUGGCCACAGCGUGGAUCUCUUAAAAGUGCCCAUCAUACUCAUAAUUCCUUGACCUCCUCAGGAGUCAUGAGCGGACCCUGUCCUACCUUCUCCUGUUAACUGGGUUGGGGCAGGUAUUGGUCUCCCUGAAAGGAAGACGAAUCCCAGGACCCUAAGGAGGCAUAGCAGAACAGCAUAGCUCAAGGUUGUGUUUAUUCCCCCUGAUACAAGGUUAAGUGUGAGUUCCUUUCACUUUGGGGGGAACCUUCUGGCUAGAGAGCAAUUUCAAAAGAAGAUGGUAAACAUGAACAAAGGGCAGCAAAGCUACAACACAAGGAAAAUAUUACAAAAUUCUUGAGCAUGUGUUUUUACAAUUUUCAGGACAAAUGUGUGACCCUUGGAGAGGAUGCACAUUUUAAGGUCAAAGUCACAAGGAUGGAAUGUGGAAAAAUUCAUCAGAGUUAGAAUCCCAACUCUGACCCUGGACAAGUUACUUAACACUUAUGAGCCCCAGUUUCUUCAUCUGGGAAAGUGGGACAACUACAUCCAUCCCCAAAACCUUAUUAUUAGUGUACUCAUGAUUCCCAAAACCACUUCUCUGCUCUAAUCUUCCCUCUGAGCUCCAACUGUACAGCCAAUAGCCAUGGAGAGAGGCUCCAUCUUGCUCCAAAGACAAUGCGCAUUGAUUCAGAAUCUCCAAACAACCCCCACCCCACCAAACUGUCUCAUAACGUCAGAAAAUGGUAUCACUGUACAUCUGUUUUUUUGCUUAGAUCAUACAUUAAGUCAGUCACUGGGCUCUAAUUUUGGCAUCAAGUUGCCCCCCCCUUUUUUUUACUGCUUGUGCUUAUAGUUCAGUUUCUCAUCCUUUCUUUCCCAAGUAAUUAUAGUAGUGUCUCAUAUCCCCAGGGGUUAUGAUAGUGGCUGGUUCAUAGUAACACCUUAAUAGUACUUGAAUCCAAAGUCUGGACUGAGGAAGCAGAUAAAUUAUUACAUAAGUGUGAUAAGUGCUACAGUGUAUGGGGUCCUGCCACAAUAAAAAUGACCUUGAAAGGCAUCUUGCAUUCAAUAAUUAAAAUAUGUGAGUACUUACUAUGUGAUAGGAACUAUGUCAGAUGCAACAGUCACCAAGACAUAACUCUUGCCUCCAAAGAGCUCAUGAUCUCAGGGGGCAUAUAGUCUUACAUACCCAAAUUGAAUAAUCAAAAUAUACAGUUGGAUGUCUAAUAUUCAUCUCAAAAGUAGACUCCUGAUUCCCCCACUUCCAUCACUUCCCAAUCACACAUACCAAUCUUGCUCCAGUUGCAGUAUUUCCCACAUCUCUUUCAUCAGUUGUUCAGGUUAAGAACAUUGGCAUUAUCUUGAUGUUAUGCCAAGAGUCCACAACCAAUCUAUCACUAAGCCUAUUGUCUCUACCUUCAUAAUAAAUCCAGAAUAUGACCACUUCUUACUUCCUCUGCUACUAAGAUUAUUGCAUUAGUAUAACAAAUCCCUCCUAUUCUUCCUGACACUAUACCUCCAAAAAGUCUAUUCUCAACACUAAGCUUGAGGGGCCUCAGGAAGGGUGCUGCCUACAGAUGAAUGACUGAUUGAUUAAUUGAUGUAUACAAAACCAUGAGACCAGAUAAGAUCACCAAGGGAAUGAGUGUAAAUGAAGGAGAGAUCUAAGGGCUGGGUUUUGGGACAUUCCAAUGUAAAGAAAUUGGAGGGAGAAAAGGAACCAGUAAGAGAGAAGAGAAAGAACCAGUAGCCAGGAAGGAAAGAGGAAAACCAUAAGACUGUGGUAUACUAGAAGCCAAGAGAGCAAAAUAUAGCAAGGAGAAAGUGAUCAAUUGCAUAAAAAGUUAUGAAUUGGCCAAACAAGAUGAGGACUCAAAGUUGACCAUUAGAUUUAGCAACACAGAAAUCAUCUGUGGCCUUGAGAAGAACACACUGGUGAAUGAUGGAAGUGAAGGCAUGACUGGAGUGGAUUCAAGAGAAAAUGGAACAGCAGUUGUUGAUAGCAGUGUAAUCAGUACCUUCAAGAAGGUUUGUUCCACAGAGGUACAGAAAAAUGAAGCAAUAGCUGUAGGAAGGAGUGGAACCAAGAGAAGGUUUGUUGUUUUUUUAGGGUAAGAGACAGCAUGUUGGCUGUUGAUGGAACUGAUGCAGUCAGGAGGGAUAAAAUGAUGGUAAAGGAAAGCAUGGAAGAAUUGUUGGAGCAAUGUGGUGGCGUAGAGGUGAGCGGAUGGGAGCAAAUGCCCAGGUCAAGUGGAUGGCCUUGACUAAAAGCACAGACAGUUUACUUUCGUUAAGGAGAGAGAAGAUAGCAUUAAUGUGGAAGGACUUUGUGGCUUAGAAGAAAUGUUUCUACACCCAAAAGGGUGCAGAGCUGGGAAGGGACCAUGGUUGGGAGAUGUAAGAGGAGUUUGGAGAACCAAAACUAUAAGCUGGAGGUAGAGAUGGAUUAUGGAAGUUAUUGUGGAAAAUUACUAUUAAAGCCUAAGAACUGGGUGUCCAACUGAGAGACCCAAGUGGGAGAGAUUGCAUAGAAGAUCUAGAUGUAUGGAACAUGAGGCUUGAAACACAGAUACAAGGCACAUGUGGCAUCCCAGUGUUCAGCCAGUGACCAGGGAGGUUUGACAGUGGGAACAGAGAACUAGGAGGCAGAAAGACAAAGACGCUGCCAUGAGUUUGUAACAAAGAGGAUGGACCUCGGUUUGGGUCACCUCGUAUCUCCCAGAAGGUGGCACCUCUGCAUUCCCACUUUUUGACCUACUACAGAGGAGCCAAGAGCUGGAGAAAGAGCUGGAAGUGCUGUUUGAUGUGUGUAUGUGGUAUGGGGGCUGCGGGACACCCUCACCCUGAUUCCUAGGGAUAUACAGGAUGACUCACAUCACAUCAAACCAGGAGGGGGUGGCAGGACUCUCUUCAUCUGAUAGGACCCCAGCACUGUGUGUCCACUAUUAGCAGGAUGCAGAAAAGCCAGGAUGGGAAGCAGCACGAAUGUGUCCCUCCUCUGAAUGGUGCUUCUGUGCCUAAGGGAUGGGGACCCAGCCCCUGCUGUGGCCUCCAGAGCGAGGAAGCACAGGCCCAGGCCUGCUGAGCCAGCACCAUCCAGGUGUUUCCCUAAAACAUCCCAAAGAUCACAGGAGGUCUUGGGACAGGCACAUCCUUCCUGCACAGUGGGAGGUGGCAGAGAGCCACAGCACAAGGAGGCAAGAGGGAGGCCCAGAAUGAAGGGAACGUGACUCAGAAAGAUCACAGCAGCAUCCAGUGGGGAGCCGAGGUUAAUGAGCACACAUCCUGGCUUAGGUGGAGCAGGUCCUUCCCAUGGUCCUCCACAGGUUCCUACCUGCCCCAGCGUGGUUGAGCUCAUAGUGCUGACCAAGGUCCUACAACACAGGGUGGGGGCAGAGAUGAGCUGGAAACUGAGGCCUUCAGGAUCCUGAAUUCUCAGCCAACAAGCUCUGAGAGGAGACAGGAUCAGAGCCUGUGACUCACACAGGAUGUUGCUGAGGGAUGAAGCCUUGCUCUAGCCCAUCCCAUAGCCCUAGCAUCAACCCCACCCUCCCACUCCCCCUAGGCUCCAGAGAGGUAAAACCAGAAUGAAAUCCUCCUUAAUUUACUACUCAAGAAUCUGUGGGAGGUGCUAGGACUGUAUGCUUGCUCGGGAACUGUGGGGUGCACCUCUGGCCCUCUGAGGUACCAUCAUGUCAUGGUGCCUGGCUUUGACCUUCUCGGGCCAUUCUCUCAGUCUCUGCAGAGGGUACUGAAGAACUCUAUGGACGGAAUUUCAGGCAAGAGUGGAGGCGACUGGCUUCUCCACAAAAUGACUUCUGGUAAACACUGAAUCCUAACGAUAGGGACUGCAGCUGCUUCAUUUUUGAACAGCGUGCAGCCCAUGCAGGCAGGGCAACAAACAGAGGACGGGCACAGGAACGAACCCACGGAGAUGCUUCCUGCACCACGUGAGACAGAGCUGAGCCUCUGCUCUUCACCAGCCAUCCGAAGCCUAACGCUCCACCUGGGCUCAGGGCCCAUGGCACAGGC